UGUCCGUGGUCGACUCGUGAUUCACGCCCACCGUUGCAGCUGCUCAAAGUUGCACACCUUCGUUUGUACUGAUCUCACGUCUUUCUCUCUCUAGUUUUACCACUGUGACUCUGGGCGCCAUGUUUUCUUUGAAGCGACACUUUGUACUCGCCGGGCUCUCCGCGAUCCCAUUGGCUACUGCGAGUAGCCACAUGAUCAUGGGAGGCCUCAAGCCCAUCGUAUACGAAAGAAUCGACCCUAUCGUCAACGCCGGUGCUGUCAGCGGUCAUCUGCACGCCUUCAUGGGAGCAAACAACGUCGAUCAGAACGCCGACUACGAUCAGAACAGGAAUGCCCAGUGCACGUCCGUCCCAUUUCAGGACGUUGACAAGUCCUCCUACUGGGCUCCACCGAUGCUGUACCAGGACCAGACGACGAAAACGUUCACGGUCAUGGAGCCUUCGUUCAAUAUCUACUACUUCUUCGAUCGUAACGGUACGGGCGAGACGGUGCAGGCAUUCCCGCAAGGCUUGAGGAUGGUCGCUGGAAGCCCUACGCGCGACACCUACAACGCCUCAAACUUCGCUGACCAGGCAAUCAGCUUCGUCUGCCUCGACUACAGCGGAACUGUCUCCAACAACCCCGCUUACGCUCAGCGCCAGGACAUCAACUUCCCCGACAUCAACAUGUGUCAGGACGGCAUCCGCCUCCAGGUCUUCUUCCCCCAGUGCUGGGAUGGCGUCAACCUCGACAGCUCCGACCACAAGUCACACAUGGCCUAUCCCGUCGACACCUACGACGGUGGCCACUGUCCCGAGUCGCACCCAGUCCACACCGUCGCGAUAUUCUACGAGCAGAUUGUGCCGGUCAGCAACUUCAACUACUGGGGCCAGGGAGCCUACGCCCUGUCCACCGGCGACCCGACUGGUCUGACGUACCACGCGGACUUCCUGAUGGGAUGGAAUCAGUCUGUGCUGCAGGACUCGGUCGACAACUGCCACAACAUGAACGGUGACAUCACUCUGUGCCAGGUUCUUGUACCGUACAUCAAUGAGGAUGCCGCGUCAGCAUGCACUCUGGAUGCUCAAGUCGUUGACGAGGAUGUCGGACUCGGCGACCAGAUCUCGGCGCUUCCUGGAUGCAACCCCGUGCGGACGGACUUCUCUACGGAGGCGAGCUGCCCUAACUCGGUCACGCCCGGGUUCUUCAACCCUGUGGCGACACUCACUCCGGGAUGGACGGACGUUGGCUGCAUCGCUGAGGGCACGAAUGGGCGUGCACUGACGGGCGCGUCGACGACAUCACCGAACAUGACUGUGAACUUCUGUGCGGGCUUCUGUGGAAGCAAGGGAUAUACAUAUGCGGGCGUCGAGUUUGGUGACGAGUGCUACUGCGGGAGCUCGUUUUCGAAUGGAGCGAAUGGGAGCGUGACGAACUGGUACGAUUGCAGCACUCCCUGUGCGGGUAACCAGGAGUUCGAGAAAUGCGGUGGCCCGCAGAUGCUCGAGAUCCUUCAGUUUGGCGGCCCCGCGGCAUCAUCCGGCAACGCCUCCAUGUCUACAUCUAUCCCUAGUUCUCCAGCUGCGUCGGUCAGCACGUCUCUAUCCACCCCCACUUCCUCCGCUGUCUCUGCAAACUCAUCUGCGUCUUCCCUCGCUUCCUCCACUGCUGCCGCUAGCAUUUCUGGCUCCGCCUCGGCUUCACCCGCACCUGCCUCGGCUUCAGCUUCGGCCUCCGCUAACACCACAACUACGACGUCAAAGAAGCGUUCUAAGCACUUCGGCCGGCAACAGCACCACCGCUCCCAUCGCCUCUAAUUCCUUUCUGCGACACCUUCACAUCUCACUCUCACCCGUGUCUAUCAUUCCCUCACGAAAGUGCGAGUCACUUUCCUGUCAUGUCCGCAUCAGCAUUCGUUCACUCUGCUAUCUUUACACCUGCUGUCGUUUCUCCCCUCGCCUCUGUGAUUCUAUGUGCGCGGCUCGGACCGCGUCAUCUCUCGCGUUCUAGGUGACACUUACUGAGUAGACCUGUAGUACUGGAUUGCUUCGCCUAGAGUCUCUGUGCUUUUCUCGUAAUUCGUUGUAUCAUACGCGCUAGGUCCUCGCGUCAUUCAAUGGCUGUAUCUCCGGAUGCAUUGUGGUGUGGUAGGCUUGUUCCGCUACAAAUCAGUUUUUUCAACGUUACUUCUCG